AUGCCCGGGUUACGGCGCUCCGUGAGCUACCGAGAACUUCGCCAGUCACUCCCCGCGUUCCUCGGUGGUGCCGUUGUCGCCACCGUGGUGCUACUAGCCUUCGUCGGACUCCAUCGACCCGCGGGGCCGGAGAGGAGACGACGACCCACCACCCUCCAGCUCCCUGAGGAGCAUCAGUGUCCGGAGUGCCCGGAGUCAGAAUGCCCGAGAUGUCCAGAGAAGGAUAAGGUGUUUAUAGUGCCGAAGACUCUGAAGGCUUUUCUUGGAAGACAUUGGGAUGUUAUGAAGGAGAGUGCGGUGGUCAUUGCAAGGACUCAAAUGAAAUCUGUUCCGAGUUACGUCGUAUCCCUUCACCCUACGGAGAGAGAUCCGUAUAUAAGUCACAGCCUGAUCGAGAGAGGUGGAUGGCAGGAACCGCUCAUUGUGCGCAUGUGCAAAGAGAUGAACAAAGCACCAAGUGAUGCUUUCUUUGUCGAUAUUGGCGCUUAUGUUGGUACCCUGGCUCUAGGUCUCUCAGCAUGCGGCCAUAAAGUGAUAGUCUUCGAGCCGAUGACACGAAAUACAUUCUUACUCAAAGAAAGUGUUUUCCUCAACCAGUUGUCCACAGACCGGUUCACAAUACACAACAUGGCGGUCGGCAACUUCAACGGAAGGGCCUGCUUUUCAGCGAGUUCAAGCAACCAGGGUGACGGCCGGUUUGUCUCGGGUGGAGACGACUCACAUCUAUGUGCGUCUCACGAGAACGCAGUACAGAUGAUCCGUCUACAAGACGUCCUCAAGGAAGACACCCGCAUCUGGACCCUUCACAUUGACGCACAGGGCUUCGAAGCAGCCGUCUUGGCCGGGGCAGAGGCGAUCCUCACCGGUACCAACCCGCCCCAGUACCUCCACGUUAAGCUGGGCCAGCCGUACAGCAAGGAGACAAUGUCCGUCACCCGUGGGUUGGUGGAGACGCUGGGAUGGCUGAAAGACAUCGGUUACUCGUUGAGGGAUACCGACAACGAACCGAUCAGGGAUGUGUCUAAGUUUGUCUGGCAAUUAGGACACGAGUCGGCUUACGUCUUGGGAAUUCAUGGAGUAAAAUGAACAAAAUGAAUCCACUUUUUGAAAUCCAUCUUUGAAGUGCAGUGGUGAGCUGAACGACUAUCAGUUUCAUCGUGGACACCGAGAUGCAGAGUGCGAUCGUGUGACAUCACUUUGUUUUUUAGAGUUGGGCAUAAAAGUGAAAACAAUUAUUAAGUUUUUCACAAUGCCCAUCUAAGCUGAAUGAGUAUUAAUUUUCUUGGUGCUUCUCCUUGAGGAAAAGUGUGAACGAAAAAAUACUAUAAGUUGUAAAUUGGCUUGUAAGUUGCGGUUAGUCGAAUGUUAACCAAAACAUUCCCGCGCAAAAAUGUACAUACCCAUUUUUGCCAGCAUGAUGUUAUCAGAUGUUUUUUUAGAUGCUGAUAUAUUUUUUACUGGUAGGGUAUCGGAUCGAGUGAAAUUUACACCAUUUUAACGAGAGGUUAAAGACAAAUUUGUAC